CACACCUAUUAUCUAGCUGCCUAGGUGAUAGAGUAUUAAUCUAUUAUUCUAACGGUACUCAUUCAAGACAAGGCUAGUCGAUCAAGAAGCUUAACUUCAGGUACCUGGUUAGAUGUAGUCUGACGUCGUUCCUACAUACCAUUAACCGUUACAACGAGCAACAUUGAACAAGCCUGCCUGUCUUCACCAUGGAGCAGACAAAAGCACUCAACGCUCUAGAGCCCUACAUAGCUCUCACCAAAUCCGCAUCUGCGCUCCGAGCAGCUGCAGAUCUGGUCACGCAAGCGACCUCAAACCCCAACACCCACGUCUUCGCCGAACUACUCCAGGCCCCUCAAAUCCAGGCACUCAACCAGUCACCCGAACAUGCUCCUUACUUCACACUCCUCGAGAUAUUCUCUUACGGCACCUUCGCCGAUUACCAGCAAUCCGCAUCCGCUCUCCCAAGUUUGAACGACGCUCAGAUACUCAAGCUACGCCAACUUUCACUCUUAACCCUCGCCCGCGACCCACAUAACCUAAGCUAUGCCACACUACAGGACAACCUCGGGCUCCCCGACGCCCGUGCGGUCGAGAACCUCGUAAUCAGCGCUAUCUACGCCGGCCUUGUGGAAGCUCAGCUCGACCCUCGCCACCAAACCGUCCAGGUCUCCAGCGUCUCCCCCCUCCGCGACCUCGCGCCUAACUCUAUCCCGGACAUGCUAACUGCACUGCGCACUUGGUCCGGCCGCUGCACCUCCACACUAGCCGAUCUCGAGGCCCAAGUCGCCGGCAUCCGGGAGGCCGCGCGCCUACGCCACGAGGAAGCCCAAGCUUGGGAACAGACACAGGCACGGCUGGUGGAAUCGCAGCGCGGAGCCGACAACAACAGCACCUCUACGGGCGCCCAUAGUCAUGGCCAAUCACGGCUCAUAGACGCGGCAGUCGCGCGCCUCCGCUCCGGUCCGCGCAAUGGCAAGCGGAGCAGUGGCAGCCUAGACCCAGAACAGGACUCCGACGAGGCGAUGGACGUGGACGAGGAGGAGCCGGAUGAUACCGAAGCUGGUGCCGGGAGCCAGGGCAAGAAACAACGGGCAAGCCGUCGGAAGCUCUAGUAAGCCAUCGGGGCGCAAGCUUAUUAAUCCAAGUUGUUUUAGCACUGCGUUGCAUUCUUCUUAGUAGCUUAGAGGCGAAGGAGCCAGACACGCAACACGCAACACGAAAUCAACGGCACAGCAAUAGUUUACGGCUAGCUAG